AAAAAGUUUGUAAAGAACGAGUUGUUGUUGAACAAGUUUCCUGCGCAUAUAAGGGUCCAUAUGUUUUGCUGUUGUAACGGCAAACUAAAACACAAGUCAUCAUCGUUUGCUUCACUUUGUCACCCCCGUUAGCUUCAAUUCCACUACGUAAAGAUGUUUUUGACUCGAAGUGAAUAUGAUCGAGGUGUGAAUACCUUUUCACCAGAGGGCCGUUUAUUCCAAGUCGAAUAUGCCAUUGAAGCUAUCAAAUUAGGCUCCACGGCUAUUGGUAUCCAGACAAGUGAAGGGGUUGUGCUUGCUGUAGAGAAGAGAAUUACUUCACCGCUGAUGAUACCAAGUACUAUUGAGAAAAUUGUAGAAAUUGAUAGUCAUAUUGGAUGUGCAGUUUCUGGCCUAGUUGCAGAUUCUCGUACCUUAGUAGAUCAUGCUCGUGUGGAAUGUGCGAAUCAUUGGUUUGUCUACAACGAAAACAUGAAAGUAGAGUCUGUAGCACAGGCUGUAUCAAAUCUUGCCAUUCGUUUUGGUGACUCCGAUGAUGAUGGACCAGCCAUGAGUCGACCCUUUGGUGUUGCAAUGCUCUUUGCUGGUUUAGAUAAAGCUGGAGCUCAGUUGUAUCACAUGGAUCCCUCCGGCACAUUCCUCCAGUUUGGUGCAAAAGCCAUUGGAUCUGGAUCUGAGGGUGCACAACAGUCACUGCAAGAAUCUUAUCAUAAGUCCAUGACACUUCAAGAGGCCCUGAAGAUUGCUCUAACGGUGUUGAAACAGGUAAUGGAAGAAAAAGUGAGUGGGUCUAACGUGGAGGUGGCAGCUGUUACCCCAGACAAAGGAUUCCAUCGUUACCCUCAAAAUGAAGUGGAAGCCAUCAUUUCUAACCUUUAGAUUAAGUUAUAGUAAACUUAAUUUGUCCUGUCACCAUUUGAUACGAGUAUUUCGUUGUGUUUGAAUAAAAAAAAAAAGUCAUGACUGUCUUGGAAUUCAUAAUUCUCCGUCUGUUUUGGAGAUUGCAAAUAUUAGAUUUUUCAUGGAUCUUUCUUGUAAUAAUAAGAGAGUCAAAUAUAUAGUGGAUUCCAUUUGACAAAAGUUUGUUUGUCUUAACUUCAGGUUCCUGAUCAUGAACGUUAGUUUUAAUUUGCUAGAUUUGUGGCAGCAUCCAGAGUUCAAGAUUUAUUAUUAAGAAUCUAGCUUUUGUUUAGGCCAUUAUAUUAACAAUAUCAGGUGCACUUGCAAGGCUUUUCUAAUGAAAUGGAAUUGAUA